AUGUAAAGUAACUGGUAGAAUGUAUUUAAUUGGAUUCCUGUUUCUGGAAUUUUGAUAAAUUAAGAGAAUGAAAAUAUUUAGAUUGAUCUUUAAACUUAACAAAAAGCUGUUUUAUCAGAAUUAAAAUUGGAAAUCUUUCCUGAUGUUAUAUUUAAGAAAUAACUAAAUUAUGAUCUUGAAUCAGGUUGGAGUUGGCAUAAAUCAUGGAAUUUGCCUGAAAUCGAUUAUAUUCUAAAUGUAAUCAUACAACCUAAUGUUUAAUAGGUCCCAAUCUCAAGUUAAUAAAACUAAGGAAUUUUUUUUGUUUAAAUUUUUGUAGUCAAAGCUUUAUAAGAGUCUUAAUAAUAUAAAAAUUUAGGCAUUAAAGGAGAAUCAAAAAAAUAAAUAAUAAAUCAGCAAACUAAUUUCAGAUGUCUAAAAUUUACCACAACUUCAUAUAAAAAUGAUGUAUUAGUUUUUAUAAUGACGUUAGCAUCAAAAAUUCCAUUUAAUGUUUGUUUUAUUUUAUUCCCCAGUAAAUAAAGAAAACGUGGUUAUAAGCUCAAUUAUAUCUCCAUAAAUUUUUGUGGAUUCUAGAAAAUUUGCUCGAUUUCAUACUUUAUCAGUUCCCUUGCAUUCUUUUACAGAAUUAUUCCCUUAUGACUUACUUGAUGCCAUAAUCAUAAAAAGAGAAACAAAAAAUAAGACUUUCAAAAUGAUUAAAGUUGAUAAUUCAAUUACAGGAUUUAUUAAUUAUUUUACUGCUUCAAAUAUUAGGAAUAAAAUUAAACACCCUAUAUUUUUAGCAUUAAGAUUCUCUAGUCUAAUUAAAAUAUUUGUUGAUUAAUAAUUAUUUUAUUAAUAAACAAAUAUUGUGGGUUUGAUUUAAAAUCAUUUAAACAAUAUAAUCAAUAAAGAAGAAAAACAAAAGAAGAUCAAGCUAUUAAUUAAACCUCAUAAUCAAGAUAAUAUCAUAUAAAAAAGGGUAUAAUUCAUCAUAAUUAUAGGCCAUUGAAUUAAUUUAAUAAUUAGAAAAUAGUUGCUAUGAAAUUUAUACGCAAUAAUGCUAUUUACCUGAUAAUGUUAAGCCAAUAGAGGAUCUCUAAUAUCUUUCUUAAUAAUACUCAGAAUUUUUCAAAUAAUCUUAAGCAAACAUUUCUAAAACCAAAAAUUUUACCAUCUUGAAAACAUAAUCUUGCUCAUAUAUUGAGGAUCAUAUCGCUACUAAAGUAAAGAUUGAGUAAUUUUAAAAAACAAUUAAUUAACCUUAGUAAACAUUUAGAAAUCAAUGUGACAUUUUUAAUUAAAUUAAAAAAGAAGAAGUUAAAAUAAGUAAGGAAUAAUUUAAGUAGAUAGAAAAUUAAUAAGAUGUACAUAAUAUGAAUAUUAACUAAUCCUAAUUAUAUUCAUAAUUAUAUCUAAACUAAUAUUAAAAUUCAAUUCAAUAUUAAUAAUUUUAAAAUUAAUAUUAUAAUCCAUAUUAAUUUGCAAACCCAUGCUAAACUUUGUGGAGAAACAUUUGA